UCAUCUUCCGAUUGACCCCUCAUCGAUCGAUCCUCCUCACGACCACGGCCAUGAUGCGUUCCUCACGGCAGCUCUCACACAUGAGGGCAACGCUGGCGAUUUGCGUCGCCCUGCUCUUGAGUCUCGUCGCAAAGCAGAGCAAUGCUCUCUACUUCUAUACCGAGGUGGGAGAGGAGAAAUGCUUCAUCGAAGAACUGCCCGUGGAUACUGUAGUCGUGGGUCAUUACAUGGCAGAGACCUGGCAUGCCGAUAAGAAUGCCUACGUCAUUGAGGAGGACAUGGGAAUCAGGGUGUCCGUUGUGGAGCGGGCUGAUGAGCAUCUCUUGGUAGACACUACAGCGCCGGCUGAGGGCAAGUUUGCCUUUACGUCGCACAUCGCAGGCGAUCAUGAUAUCUGUCUCUCCUCUCACCCACACGAUAGCCACUCCUACCAUACGUCUGGCGACCAUCCCCAGAUUCGCCUUCACUUGGAUAUCAUCAUCGGAGAAGCCAAGCCUGACAAUACCGCGGCAGAUCGAUCGCAUAUCACCGACCUGGCAGGGAGGGUGAAAAAUCUGAACGACAAGCUCAAGGACAUUAGAAAGGAACAGCAGUAUCAACGAGAGCGGGAGGCACUCUUCAGAGAUGAGAGCGAAAAGACCAAUGCAAGAGCCGUCAUCUACUCGGCCAUCCAGGGCGUAGUUCUUGUAGCGGCAUGCGUUUGGCAGCUGAGGACAUUGAGGGUGAGUACAGAAGUACCCGAAUGGCACCGAAUGAGGAAGCGGUUUGACUGACGCCUCGUGUUCCAUAUCCGUCUCUCCUCCAGGGCUUCUUCUCUGAGAAGAAGUUCAGCUAAACACACAUGUAUUGCUAAGCGAGACAAAUUGGAUCAAAUACCACCAGCAAUGCAGCUUCGUCAGAGAUCACUUGCUCCCGCCCCA